CACAAACCCGGAGGAGACCGGUGGGGAAGGAGCGCACUGCCGGAACCAGCCUGCCGGGAGACAAACACACAGAGGCACACGAGCUGCUGCUGCUGCUACUGCGCGUAAAGGGGAGGAGCGGAGGGAGUGGACUGAAGAGCAGAGGGCUGCAGCGGAGAGACGCACAGCUUUCAAGGAGGAGGAGAAGUGGAGACGAACCACGUUUAUUUUCUCCGGAGCAGUUUUACGCACGGCAACUGGAUCUGCGCCUUAUGAGAAAUACAUUUUUCAUUGGCCUGAGAAAUAACUGCUGUUGGGGCUGAACAUAAAAAGGGAACAUUAAAAAAUGAGAACCUGCCCUUUUUCAGUAGAGUUGUAAAGGAAGACUUAAAGAUAUGUUUGAAGACCAUUUUUUGUUUUAAAUUUUCGUUCUUAUUUUCUUACACUCCUUUUUGUUCGGCUUGAUCACCAAAUUAGAUUUUUGUUUCUUUUUUUAUUUUAAUUUGUGUGUCUCUUCUGUCCAAGACCUGCUCCAACACACGUUUUGACACUCUGUGGGACACCCUUAUCCGGACUGUGCGCACCAACAUGGAUUUCGCUGGAAUAAAACCGUGUUUGCAGUUCAAAUCUUACAGACUUUAUGCUUUUGUGCUGCAUUAACUGCGGUUUUCUGGCGAAAAGAAGCAGUGAUAAUAACUCACAUGAACUGUGUAAAAGAGCCAAAACCGUAUUUCUUGGAGAGCUGCAACCCGGCGUUUGGAUUGUGAUUGUCGCCCCUGAAGGAACUGUGGGAAAAGGACGGGAAAGUUUAUUACCGGAACACUUUAUUUUUAAUACAAACCAAAUAAACCAAAAAAAGAGAGAGUGUUUUUCAUUUUUCUUCUGGUUUCUCGACACCUUGACGGAAAAGAUGGAUUCAUGUUUAUGGUUGUGUGGAUGUAUUCUGCCGCUUCUUUUACCUUCAGCUGUAAAAGCUGACGACGGAGCCUCUGAGCCAUGCGGUGGCAACUUAGAUGCCACGUAUGCCGGCUACAUCACCACCCCUGGCUACCCGCAGGAGUAUCCACCCCACCAGAACUGUCAAUGGGUUAUCACAGCCCCGGAGCCAUCGCAGCGCAUCGUCCUCAACUUCAACCCACACUUUGAAAUUGAGAAACUGGACUGCAGGUAUGACUAUGUAGAGAUCCAUGAUGGGAACUCGGAGUCAGCAGACCUUCUGGGAAAGCACUGCAGCAACAUCGCCCCUGCACCAAUCAUAUCGUCUGGCCCAUCUCUUCACAUCAAGUUUGUGUCGGACUACGCCCAGCAGGGGGCAGGUUUCUCACUUCGCUAUGAAAUACACAAAACAGGCUCAGACUGUUCUCGUAAUUUCACAAGUCCCUCAGGCCUCAUUGAGUCCCCAGGCUUCCCCGACAAGUACCCCCAUAACCUGGAGUGCUCUUUCAUUAUCAUUGUGCCACCCAGCAUGGAUGUCACCCUCACCUUCCUCACCUUUGACCUGGAGAAUGAUCCCCUGCCAGGGAGCGACGGAGACUGCAAAUACGACUGGCUGGAAGUCUGGGAUGGACUCCCAGCAGUGGGCCCUCUGAUUGGUCGAUACUGUGGGACCAGAGUGCCUCCUGAAAUCCAAUCAUCCACUGGGAUCCUCUCACUGGUUUUCCACACUGACAUGGCUGUGGCUAAAGAUGGCUUCUCUGCUCGAUACAACAUGACGCACAAGGAAGUCAGCGAGAUUUUCCACUGCAGUAACGCCUUAGGAAUGGAGUCAGGAAAGAUCACAGACGAGCAGAUCAUGGCUUCUUCAAGUUUCCAUGAUGGAAAUUGGCUGCCACGUCAAGCCCGACUCAAUUAUAAAGAAAAUGGGUGGACGCCUGCUGAAGACAACAACAGGGAGUACAUACAGGUGGACCUCCAUACUCUAAAGGUCCUCACAGGGAUCGCCACUCAGGGCGCCAUCUCAAAGGAAACUAAGAAUAUUUAUUACGUUUCCUCCUUCAAGCUGGAAGUGAGUACUAAUGGAGAAGACUGGAUGAUCUACAGGCAUGGGAAGAAUCACAAGGUAUUCCAUGCCAACACAGAUGCCACAGACGUGGUUCUUAACCGAAUCCCUCAGCCGGUUCUGACACGCUUCAUUCGAAUCAGACCUCAGACUUGGAAGAAUGGCAUCGCACUGCGGUUCGAGCUCUACGGCUGUCAGAUUACAGAUGCUCCCUGCUCAGAGCUGCAGGGCAUGCUGUCUGGGCUUCUCCCUGACUCCCAGAUUUCGGCAUCCUCCAUGAGGGACAUCCACGGCUCAAUGGGGGCGGCCAGACUGGUCGCCAGCAGGUCGGGUUGGUUUCCUAACCCGACACAACCCAUAGCUGGAGAGGAGUGGCUACAGGUGGAUCUAGGUGUGCUCAAGACGGUCCGAGGCAUAAUAACUCAGGGGGCAAGAGGCCUGGAGGGCAGCACAAGCGCUGACAACAGAGCUUUCGUGAGGAAGUACAAGCUAGCUCACAGCUUGAAUGGCAAAGACUGGAGCUACGUCAUUGACAGCAAAACUGGCUUUGCUAAGAUAUUUGAAGGGAACAGCCACUACGAUACUCCAGAAGUUCGGCGGUUUGACGAGAUUGUUGCACAGCACAUCAGAGUUUUUCCAGAGCGAUGGUCACCUGCUGGGAUCGGCAUGAGGAUGGAGGUUCUCGGAUGUGACCUGCCGGAAAUCACCACUGUUACGGUGAGCACCACCACGCCAAGACUGGAGGAGACGACUCCUACAAUGAGAUCAGUCACGACGCCAUCCCUGUCGGCCGUGUGUGACUUUGAGAAGAGUUUGUGCGGCUGGUCGGCUGAUCCGCACUCAGGUGUGAGCUGGACGCUGCACGGAGCCAGCGGCGGCUUAAAUGGACAUAACACUCAUGGGACAUGGCAGGACCUGUCGCUGGGAUCAGACAAUUUUUCAGGGAACUACCUCCACCUGGAUGCAGGCAGCCACACCCAGCGCAAGAAGGCCAGACUGCUGAGCCCCGAAGUAGGGCCAGAACGAGGUCCUCUCUGCCUUCUCUUCUACUACCAGCUCCAGGGGGAGGCGGAGGGGUCUCUACGGGUCCUCCUGAGGGACAGCGACCAGGAGGAGUCCCUCCUAUGGGUGCUAAAAGGCGAGCAGGGGCCUCACUGGAAAGAGGGCCGGACCGUCCUUCCCCAAAGCCCCAGAGAGUAUCAGGUGGUGUUUGAAGGUUUUUUUGAUCACCCAACUAGAGGCCACAUCAGGAUAGACAACAUCCACAUGAGCAACAGCAUCGAACUAGAGCAAUGUGGACAGCCUCUCCAUGCUGUACGUCCAGGCAUUCCCAGGGGUGCCAUAUCUGGAAUGAGGCCCACUGUAGACGCAGUGAAGGUGCAUCCGAUCCCUGCCUACUGGUACUAUGUGUUGAUGGGAGGCAGCGCCUUCCUGCUGUUGAUAGGUCUGACUGUGGUUAUGAUUCUCUGCUGCCAACGCCGCCACUGGAUGAGCAGGAAGUCCAACAGUGGCCACCACCACCAUCAUCAUCACCACCAUUCGGUGAUGUACCACAACAACCAACCAGCCUUUCAGCAAGAUCCAGAGAGCUACAACCAGAGUCAAAGUCCCAGCUGUAACAUGUUCUGCAGCUCCAACCAGAACCACCUUUACCUGGGAACGGAUUCCAGCCUGGAACCCAAACUCAUCAUAACGCUGGAGAAAGACGACAGCUACGGCUCCCGCUGCUGAAAUGACUGGACCCUAGUGAGUCAUACGGUUUCAAUAGGACAAUAUGGUCAAAUGAAGAGCUAAAACAGUCUGAUCCUUUUCUUCAAAGAACAAGGAACUCAGCAACAACAGCUCUGAUCAGCAAUGGUGGAAGUGCUUCAGCUCUUCUUGUCGAUAAUGGAUCAGUGCACACCUCUGGGUUGGUGCCUGACAAGGAAGUCCUGUCCUUGAAGAUGGAGAAGCUUCCGUUUUCUGUUCUACUGUUUCAGCAUAAUGAUUUUUGAUGUCCUUCAUAGUGUUAAGUGUAAAUCAGACUAGAUAUCAAUUGGAUCUUCAAUUAAGCAUAAGCAAACUUGCAUCGAUCACCUAAGAAAUUGUUGGAAAGCCUGCAUGGAUAUGCAAUUAGCAAUGCCAGUUUUCCUCUAUUCUCAGAGAUUCACACACAGGUUUGGAGGAUGCAUUUUGUUUCAGCACGUCUUUGAGUCUUAACGAGGAAAGUCUAUUUGUCAGAGAAGGGAAAAGGACAGAAAAUGAUGAGAGUAUUGGUGUGACAUGAGCAGAGGGUUAAGGAGAUGAAUCCCGCAAUAAAAAUGAAAAGUGAUAAAUGCACGGACAGUCUUAAAAACUUUUCAAGCCUCACAUGUUACUUUGGGUGUUUUUUGUUCAUCAAACCUUGGAUAUGCCUUUGAUAAAAAUGUGCUUUAAAACUUUCACCUCCUUCCCACCAUAGUUUGAGAUUGUGCUUCAGCGUCAAAUUAAAUGUGGAUGAUUGCCAAAUGUUGCCUGGAUCUUCUGCCUGUUGGUUAAUGUUUCAAACUAAAACUCGAUGUCAGUCUUACAUUUGAGUGACUGAAUGAAAAAAAAAUCUUUGAGUUCAAAAGGAAUGUUUCAUUCUGUUUUCUGUGCAACUACAUGCAGCAAACUUUUAUUCACUUUUGUGGAAUGGAAGUUUCACUUUGGAUGCAUACUCACCACAGUUUCCAGGUCUGCUUUAAGUCAAGAAAUGAGACCAAACAUGCUGUGAUGAAAAUGACUCUUAUUUGUUUAGGCUGAGUGUCCUUUUUUAAAAAGCAUUUGUAGUAAUGCUUAUAUCAGCAUUCUGCUGAAGAAGCUUUUGGUUUAAUUGUGUUGUGCAGCAACUAAGUGUUUAAAGGCAACCAAUCACAUGAGCAAAGAUAUCAACAGAAGCUUUAAUAGAGUUGCUUUGAUAUAGAAGAAAUGUUUGAGCAGUUAUGCUUGUAUUUAUAUAUGUUUGUCCAUCCAUGAGAGAAGUUUCUUAAUAUUUAAAGAUUGUCACCAACCUGCCUUUUUCUCUCAGAUUAAAGGAAUUUGGAUAAAUUCCUUUUAAUAAAGCUUUGGAGAAUGUUUAUAUGUACAAUCUUUUUUUAUUAUUGUUUACAUGUACAUGUAUGGAUAUAGCAGAUCUCAAAAGUGUACACUGUUAAAAUGUGAGGAGUUUUGUGAAGUAUAAGUCAGAUAAAUCUUGUACAAUUUAACUGAAAAAUUAACGUAUCUGCAGUGGACAAAACGUUAAAGGUUUAAAUCUUUUACAUUUCUUCAUCCUGUCUGCAAAAAAUCGAUUUAUCCAAGGGAUGCAAUCUGAAAAAUCUUUUAAAGCUGAACUGUUGCGCAAAAAGUGAUUCUACAAAGUAUUCAUACUUAGCAACCAGGUAACCAUUUUUUACAUGUUCCGCCUGAUGCAUUUGUUUGUUUUUCAGUUUAAUUGACCAGGAUUUUCAGUUCAAAUUCGAAAACUCCAUUGAUCCCACAGGGAUAUUAAAUGUUGUAAUAAUUCAUAUUAUUUCAAAACUCUUCAAAUAGUUAGAGAUGCUGUGGGCAGGGAAGAUUUCCUGUAGCAGUCUGGAUUACAGCGAAUUUGAAGAAGCCUCUGACAUAUAUCUCACAUUUAAGGUGGGAACAAUUCGAAAUGAUUUAUUGUUGUUUAUACAACUUACUAUUUUAAUGGGGAUGUGUACACUUUUUAGAUUCAGUGUUUAAAUUUAUAUUUAUUUAAGAGUGCCUAACUGUGUAUGGAUUUACAUAUUUUACUGCAUAUACUUUUACACUUUAAAUGCAUUUUGAGAUAAAUAUUACGCAAAAGGUUUUAGCCUUUUUCCUGAUAAGUUGUUAAACUUUAUUUGCAAUGUUGAGAUUGAGAACUUUUCUUUCAAUUUUGCAAGCUGUGGGUCGUUUGUAAAUUUUGCUGCGAUUAUGUUCUACACUUAAAUCCAUUUUAUACACACCACGUUUUCUGUAGGGCUGCAUAAUCUUUUACGGCAGAUCUGAGAGAAUAUUUUUGUUGAUUUUCAUUUAUUAUUUUAUGUUACUGCUUACAGUUGAAGCCACCUGGAUCCAGGUGUUCAAUUGGAUGAAGCAAAUCAACACAAUAGCAGUUUAAUUUGCUUGUUAAAAUGUCUGUACUUGCAAUCAGCAUCCCGCCAUCUUCUAUCUUCUGCUACACACCUACGUCACUUUGUUCAUUUCUAAAUCCCCCCCAUCCUUUCUUGAAUCAAAACCUCCCUGUUUCAAUAUCUUCUCCCUUUCUUUUCUGCAAAUCCUCCCAGAAAAAAAGAGAAAACACAAGAGAGUAAAUGAGAGGCAGUGAUGGAGGGGAGCAGAAUCUCUCUGAGGAGAACGGCCCAUUAAGCGAGCCCCCUUUUUUCCUUCUCAGAAUGCUCCCCGAGAUGGAAGGAGAUGAAAGAAGGGAGGACAAAAAAGGAUAGCUGUCCAUACUUUCUAAAGAUAGAUUUUUCUUUUUACUCUGAGAGAGAGGCUAACGGGAAGGCAGCUUGGGAGAUUGGAUUGAAGAUGGAGGGCAGGUCGUUUCAAACACAUGAGCAAAUGAAAGAAGUCUUUUGGGAAAACCGACAGAAUGACGAAGGCAGGCAUGACACAAAAAGUAUUCAUACCCCUUGACUUUUUGACAUUCUGUCACUUUAUAAUCACAAACUUUAGUAUGGAAGUUUAUGAUAGGUCAACACAAAAUAACAAUUGAUUGUCAAGUGGAAACUAGAAAUUAGAAUUCAGCCUCCUUUAAUCUGGUAUCCAUUAGUGCAAGCAAAUGCCUUCAUGAGUCACCUUGUUAGUGAACAGUGUGAUUCUGUGUGAUUUACGUUGACUAACGCAUCGAGGUCCACUCAUCAGGUGGGGGAAUCGGUUGAGAGGACAACCAUUAGUCAUAUACUCCAUAAAUCUUGCGUUAUGAAAGAGCUGAGAGAAGAGAAAAAACAUUGUCGCAGUUUAUUUCAAGGCAUGCUGAGGACACAACACAUGGGACAAAGAGGCUCUGGAUAGAUGAUGACAUAAAAAAAAUGGUUUAAUGGAAGCAGAAAAUGAUGUAAAAUUAAAUUGCCAUCACCAGAAACACACCAUACCCAAAGUAAUGGUCAGCAUCAUGCUGUAAGGAUACAUUAUAUCAUCAGAGGUUACAUAUUUUUUUCUGUUUAACAGCUUUAGCCAAAUAGUUAUGGGUUUUUUUUUAGAAUUAUGUGUUUUGAGUUAGGUGAUUAGUACUUUACAUUACUAAUCAGUCCAUCACAUAACAUUUCCAUCAAAUAAUUUUAAUGUUUGUGGUUAUAGCAUGACGACAUGUGAAAAAUCUAAAGGGGUACUAAUACUUUUGCAAGGCACUGCAUGCAAACCAAAUGAAGCAAUAUGCACCAGUGUGAGGUAAUUAUUCAGAUUUGCACUGAGCUCCCAUAAAGUCAGUUAAAUCAUUAUUUUAUGGAAUAGUUGUUCUCUGCAUUGACUUAUUUCAUCAUAAUGCAGCUCACAGAAUGCAGUUUUGUGCUUCGGUCAACAAGUAUUUCAGUUAUUUUGUGCUUGCAUAUCCAUUCUGUGCCUUCCCCAGCUCCUCUUUCUUCAAUUUCAAUCAACUUGUGCAAGAUUUACACAUUAGAUGACUCAUUCCAGCAGCCUGGUGCCAUAAUCCAAUCAAUGUGAGUCCGAAUUCAAACCGAGGAAUGAUAUAUGACCGUAUUUAUGCUGUGCUACUCAUGCACUUUUCUGUUUUCAUUCGUCCUCAGUCUAUCAAACUUUUUAAAAGAUUUGGAAAACAUUUCACCGGGAGCUUUUAAAUCAGCCUCACUUCCCUCCAUCAUGGACUACUUUGAAGCCAUUUAAUAUUCCUAAUUAGUUAAUGGAGGCGAUUGCGUCCAUAAAACCCUGCAGUAAGCAUUUUUAUCCUCCUAGGCAUCCAUAUUUUUUUCAUCUCUUUUCUUCUCCUCCUCUUUUUUUUUUUUCCUGGAGAAAUAUUAUCAGUGUGAGCACUCUAACAGGUCCUCGGGCUCCUACACAACCAAAAGUGGCAAAGAGCCAUCCCCAUCUCUGCCUGAAUGAAAAAAGGCCUCUUUUUUUAUUCCUCUCUUUACUAAUUGGAGAGAGGAGAAAAAUGGGUCUAGAGGGAGUUUUAAUCCCUCUUCAGAUCCAUGUGAUAAUUCUUCUCAGGAUUUUAGCCUGGAGGAUUUAAGCCAGCAUCAUUAAACAUUGUUCAAUGGUCAUCUAAAGACUGUCCAAGCUCUUUUUUCCCUUACUUUGUUUUUGCCAUCUCCCCGUAAGUGAUUUGAUGUUUUGUCGAGGCCCACAGUGGCUUUAUUUGAUCAAAGACAACCGAACAGGAGCUCAGAUACUGCUGCGAAGGGGAGCUUUUACAUAUUUACAAGUCAGAACUUUAGUUUUACAGCAAAAACAGAUUGGAGGAAGACAUCAUAAAGGUUUCUAACUUGCAAAACUAAUGUUGUAGUUACUGAAAUAAUCAAGGUGUUAAUGAUUUUUCUUGAUGUAAUGCUUUUUUUCUCCUUGUUGGAACAAAUAACUGCGAAAAAACAAAGUAAUCUUUAUUUUUUUCCUCCUCUCUGUGAAAUGCACCAAUAGCAUAGACAGUGAAAAAAAUCCCACAGCCUGAUGCUUCCACCUCUUUGUUUUUGCCUAGUAAAUUUCAGACCAGUCUGAAGGUGCUAAUUUUGAAGCAGAAGCUUUUAUUUCUUUGGUCAGAUGAUGUAAAACUGGUUUUAUUGUUGACAGUGAGACUGGUGUUUUGGUUUUUGGGUUGCUUUUGGGUUGUUCUAGAAAUAUACUUUUUUUUUUUUUUUAUUAGCUGGGGACUAAAAGACAGUUCAGUGUUCCAGUGGUACAAUAAUCCCAAAUUUUGGUUGGAUAUUGAAAAGGUUUCCAGUUUAAAUUCAUGUUUAAAGAAAAAAGAAUUAAUAUCUCAGUUGUUCAUAGGUCUGAUCCUGUCUUCAACGACAGCAGAGUCAUAUUAGCUGUAAAAAAACUUUCUGCCUCACUGGAGCAUAAGUGAUCCUUCCUGUUGUUUUAAUUACUGGUUACAUUUUGCAGCUUCAUUUCUUUCCUUCUAAGCUGUUUAUUCAGACAUCUAUAUUCUCUUUUUGUCAGAAGUUUACAGUAACUCACUUGCAUGGUUGUCAUGGUAAUUUUAGGCUUUUAAUCAUUUAUUUUAAUAAUUAUUUUCUCAUGAUGCAAUAUACCUAAACUCCCAUCUUAUACUUGACCACAUACACAUAAAACACAGUCAUUAGUUACAAACAAUGUUUAUUUGCACAUUUUGCUGUUAUUCUUGUGAGAAAGGAAAUAAAUUGUUUUUGAUUUGU